CUGCUCAGGGGGCGGGACUCCGGGUCACGGGUCUGUGUGGAACACCGGCGGCCCGGGUGCAAAACUUUUCGCCGUCUGCAAAGCGCGGCUCGUCGGCAAAACACUUGUGGAAGCGGCCGGAGUGCAGAGUAGCGCAGAGGAGAGCAGAGGAGCGCCGUGUGCCUGCCACAGCACACCCUUUACUCUCACUUUUGUUCGUGUUUCGGACCGAGGCUGUAUAACCGUGUGUGAUGACCCGACACACCGGGGACGCCCGUUAGCCUCGCUCCGUAUUGUCUCUGAAGCUCCAACGAUUAGCUCGAAGUCGCAGUUCCGCGGUCAGUGGGCUAACCCAGCCUUUAUGCGCUAACGACAAGAUAAGGAACACUACUUUUUAUCUGGAGGAAGAAAAGAAAGAUGGCGUGUGAGCCGAAUCGUGCCCGUUUGCUGUGUAUGCUGUCCAUGACUUUCGGCUUCUUCGUGGUGGAGGUGGUGGUGAGCCGGAUCACCUCGUCCCUGUCCAUGCUGUCGGACUCGUUCCACAUGUUGUCGGACGUCAUCGCGCUGGUCGUGGCUCUCGUGGCGGUCCGGUUCGCGGAGAAGACUCAGGCCACCAACAAGAACACGUUCGGCUGGAUCCGGGCGGAGGUGAUGGGCGCCCUGGUCAACGCCGUGUUCCUGACCGCGCUGUGCUUCACCAUCGUCCUGGAGGCGAUCGAGCGCUUCACCGAGCCACACGAGAUCGAGGGGCCCUUGGUGGUGAUCGGGGUGGGGGCCGCGGGGCUCCUGGUCAACCUGCUCGGCCUGUGUCUGUUCCAUGGACACUCCGGCGGGGGGCACGGGCAUUCGCACGGCGCAGGGGGAGGGGGGCACACGCACGGAGGAAAGAGCCACAAGGCCAAAGCUCUGAAGGCUGGCUCUUGUGGAGAGGAGACCAAUCACCUGGUGAACCACAGCAGCCCCGGGGACGGCCGCUCGGACCGCAGGAACGAAUUGGAGUGCAAGGACAACACGGAGGUGCAGGUGAACGGCAGCCCUUACUACGAGGACCCCGACUCCACCCAGUUGAACCUGCACUUUGAUGAUUUGGACGCGGCCCCAGACUCUUCUCAGCUGAACAUGCAUGGGGUGUUCCUGCACGUGCUUGGCGAUGCGUUGGGCUCCGUCAUCGUUGUGGUAACCGCUGUCAUCUUCUACUUAGUGUGGACGCCUUGCGGUGAUGACGAGAACUGCGUCAACCCCUGCAUCAACCGCCACAGCACGGACCACCGCCACAUCAACCACACCAUCGUGGACCUCCUAGAGGGGCCUUCUGCCGCGCGCAUGGCCGGGCCCUGCUGGGUGCUCUACUUGGACCCCGUGCUGUGCAUCAUCAUGGUCGGCAUCUUGCUCUAUACCACAUACCCCCUGCUUAAAGAGUCAGCCCUCAUCCUGCUGCAGACUGUGCCCAAGCAGAUCAACAUGGACAGUCUGAACCAGCGGUUACUGCGGCUAGAAGGAGUGCUGGCCAUCCAUGAGCUGCACAUCUGGCAGCUGGCUGGCAGCCGCAUCAUUGCCACGGCACACAUCAAGUGCCACGACCCCACCUCCUACAUGGAGGUGGCCAAACGCAUCAAGGACUUCUUCCACAACGAGGGCAUCCACGCCACCACCAUCCAGCCCGAAUUCGUCACCUUCAACUCAGACAACCGUGACUCCCAGUGUGAGCUGGCCUGUCGGACAGUGUGUGCACCUAAACAGUGCUGCAGCAGUGCUGACAAGGCCGACGGCAAAAAGAACAGUGCAGAGAGUAAGAUGGCGGCCUCUAGUGCUCUGGAGGUGAUCAGUGAGAUGCAGGAGCAGCCUGUCCAAGUAGGGGCCAGAGCAGAGGAGCGCAAGGAGGCAGAGUCCUCUCUGUAAGACCAGUCUAGAUGUUUUAAUCUAGUGUCUGUGCGCUUUAGUGACCUACUCUUAUAUCACUUGUAUUCUUUUGUUUCAGCCUGAAGUUAAAUUUGUAAUUUUUUUAGAAAGUAUUUAUGAUCCCAAAUGUUUUAGCUUAAAUUGGAUAAUUUAAACAAUUAAGAUCUAUAUAAAUAUUUAUGCAAACCUGCCUGGUUUUGGGUCCCUUUCCUUCAGAGCCAUUCCCAGUGCUCCUGACAUCUUUUAUUCUGAGAUGCAAUUCCACUGAUGGGUUUCUAUUCACUUCUAACAUUAUGCACAAUGUCCAAGUCCUUCUGAAGUGCGCUGGGACCAAUGUAAGCCGCUGGAGGGCUGUGUCAUCAGACCGGUGAUGCUCCAGUGCUGUGUACACACGGGUCCAUCGCUUACGCUGUCAUUGUCAACACUCCUGGUUUUGGAGAAGGCAACAGGAGCAAAGACAUGCAAACUUCAACCUGUUCAGCCAAUGUAUGAUGUCUAGUACUGUGUGUGUGUGUGAAUGAGACAUGAGCCAUAUUUUGGCUCAUCCCACAUGGACUCUCCUGUCUGCUUCUCCAAACUCAAUGUUUUGUAAUUCCUGCUGUACACACCCUCCAUCCCUCUCUUUCAGAACACUAAGCCUUGAUUAUUUAUUUCAAAUGUCCUUUGGAGAGCUACUCUUCAAAAAACGCAAAUCAGAAUCAUUCAGAUUUAGAGUAUGAAUCUGAAUUUCUGUGUUUUGGUAAUUUUAGGGUCAUUUAAAUCAUUUUGAGUCCAUCAGAUGAAGAAAACGGACCUUGUCAAAAGUGCUCCUAUUUGGAUUGAUCUUGUGAUUUGAUAUCUUUGCUGUGUAACUGUUCCUGUGCCAAAGCUUCUGCUGGACUAGGCCUGUCACCACAACUCUUUUUCACAUAUGAUAAAUUACUAAAGAAAAACACCACGAUAAAAAAAUUCAAUUGAAUCUACUUUAUACCAGCGACACGCUGACUCUAAAGCAGGAGCAUCCCAGUGAACUUUGUCCCAUGUGAACUAUGUUGUAAAAAAUGUGAUUUAUAAAAGGCACCACUGAACACUUGAGUUAGUUAAUUUUAAACGGUUUGCAGUGGUCCAAAGUUAUUGGCCACUUACAAAAUGUACUCUGACCAUCCCAAUUAUGUGCUGCAAAGGUCAUGAGUUGCUGUGCUAGAAACACAAACCAACACUAGCAUGCUAACUGUGCAUUACCUGAUUCUCUGACAAUAAAAAAUUUGAUUCACGGCAUUUUGACCUCAAGAUCUGCUUACACAAUAUAUCUGUACUUGGUCAAGACACAUUUUCCUCAAGUACAAGGGGGGAAAAAAAAUUGGGUACAGGCAUAGACGGUAUAUGUAAAUGUGUAUGUCAAAUCUGCUAGCCACCGCAUUCUAAAUAGGAAGUGAGCCUGGGUGUGCUCCAUCGACUGACUCCUAUUCACUUUAUGUCAAAACUGUGUCCCCUCUCUCUGUAACUGCUGCUGUCAUUUUGGUCUUAAAUGCUCGUAUUAACCCACUCUACAUGAUCCUGGGUUUUUAAUUUCCCUUUUGUCUGUAAAUCAAGAGAUCAACAUUAAUAACAUACAAAUCAGGCACCUUCUUUUCCCGAGGUCGCUCCUGUUAGCGUUAGCAACCAGUUUGAUUGACAGCAUUGCUAAGCGCUCAUUCCCUGCUAAACCAGCGGUGCGAUGUUGACAGCCUCACUCCGGAUUGGCUCUUUGGUUACUAUGAUACUCUCAGUCGGAAUUCCAAAUAUGGAACUGGACUCCAAAUUAGUCCCUAAAACUGCUAGCCUCAAUGAGCUUCAUUUGACUGGAGCCAAAUGCUGUGGGUGACAUCGCACUCACUUAGUCCACUUCUUCAGACAGUCUAUGGGUAAAGGCCCCUUAAAUACCAAAAAAUUUAAAAUCCAUACUGUGUGCAAAUAAAAGGUAUUAUUCUAUCAUGUGUGUAAUAAGUUGAUACAGUAAGUAUGGUGACAGGCCUACAUAAUACCACACCAUUUUUGGUGCUCAUUACUAUUAGCCAUUACCCCAUCUUUCCCCAGUAUGGCUCCUGUCAUUUUAGACUAUUUAUUCAACCUGAUCUAUACCUCUGUUUUGAAUGCUGUUGCACUGUACACUUAUUUGCAAGUAUUUGAUUUGUUUUGCAAAGGACCAUUUCUGCUGUAGUCAGUUUGUACAAAUGGGAUAGUUAUUUUUUUCUGGAGCAUUUUUUACUAAGUAUUAUGGUACAUUUAUUUUUCACAUCACAUUGUGUCCUAUGUACAAUAUUGCCAUGAUUCAGAAAAAAAAUAUUACUUCAGAGCAAAUGUGCACUGCUCCAAUAAACUGUAAAAGA